GACGUGCACGCGACGCCGCUUGCUGCCGGGGAAACAGUGUACUGACGGUGUACGGAAUUGUGCCGGUGGACUGGAAACUCCCGCCAUUUCGACAAGGAAUUAACCUCUUGAAUGAUCCAGAUUACUUUUUUUUCGUAACAAUUCAGAACGCUUUUAUCUGAUAAUAAGGAGCUCUAAUAAUACGGACAUGCAACUGAUGAAAGGAAAACGGGCCUAGUUUGCAAAUACUUAGGACCGUACAACCCGCUAGACCUCCCGCUGAACUGAGCUUUGGCUGUUGCCGCGAGUUUCAUUUCGGUGUGGUUUGCAUCCCUUCAUGUUCAUCUAGAGGAGCGAAAAGUUUAUCAACUAUACCGAGCGACAAGUCUAGCAACUUGUUUUACAUCCAAAACACAGUGUGAAACCAGCAUGACACUGUUACCAGAGACGAGAAGAAUGAUGCGAUGAGGAGGGUGGCAAGAAGCGCUCUGUUAUUGUUUUGUAACGAGAUAGCAAUCCAGCCUACUAGCUAGUCGGCUAGCCGCUACACGUUGGGUGCCGGGCCUGCCGGCCGUAACGUGAACCGUGCUAUUUGGGGACAUUUGGAUACAUGCUAAGGAAAUAUUAUUGUGCUAGCCUGUCACUAAAAGGUCGAUUUUUACUUUUGACAACCGUGCCAUCUGUGGAUUUGAAAUGGCACCGCUUUUAGGCCGGAAACCGUACCCACUGGCUAAGCCGCUAGCCGAACCACCAGGCCCCGGAGAGGAGGUCUACAUCAUCGAGCACACUAAGGAGGCCUUCAGGAACAAAGAAGAGUAUGAGGCACGCCUGAAGAGGUACGAAGAGCGCAUCUGGACAUGCAAGAGCACUGGAAGCAGCCAGCUCACACACAAAGAAGCAUGGGAGGAAGAACAAGAAGUCACUGAACUGCUUCAGGAGGAGUAUCCGCGGUGGUUUGAGAAACCUGUCCUGGAGAUGGUCCACCACAACACAGUGUCUUUAGACAAACUGGUUGAAAUGGCCUGGGUGGAAAUCCUCACCAAGUAUGCUGUGGGUGAAGAGUGUGACUUCCUGGUGGGGAAGGACAAAACUUUGCAAGUGAAGGUGGUGAAGAUCCAUCCUCUAGAAAACCCAGAUGGCGAGACAGCAGAGAAGAAGCUUGAAGGAGCUUGUGACUCUCCGUCCAGUGACAAAGAGAAUGCAAGUCAGGAGAACCAGAGGAAGGAACCUCCUUCUCGAGGGGAGGAGAAUAGGAGAGAGAGCCUCAGUGACAGAGCACGACGUUCACCAAGGAAACUUCCCACUGCCAUGAAAGAAGAGAAGAAGAAGUGGGCAAUGCCCAAAUUUCUUCCUCACAAAUAUGACGUAAAGCUCAUUAAUGAGGAUAAGGUGAUCAGUGAUGUCCCGGCAGACAGUCUUUAUAGAACAGAACGGCCCCCAACCAAGGAGAUCAUGCGCUACUUCAUCAGGCACUACGCCAUGAGGCUGGGCAUGGGAGAGAGUGCUCCCUGGGUGGUUGAAGAUGAACUGGUGAAAAAGUUUAACCUGCCCAGUAAAUUCAGUGACUUUCUUCUUGAUCCACACAAGUUUUUAGCAGAGAAUCCCUCUGCGAAGCGCAAGAGCUUAAAAUCCCCGGAGGGUAAGCCUAGCAAGAAGCUCAAGACCUCUGACUCACUAGAAGAGGAUUCAGGAAAUGAGAAGGGAGAAAAGAAAAGCAAAAAGAAGAAAGAUGCUUUAGGCAUGCCCCUUAGUCCAACCAUUUGGGGCCACAUGCAGAAAAUAAAAAUGAACGGCUCCCCACUCAAGGUAAAGAACUCUGGAACUCCAAAGAAAGGAGAGGGCAAAAGCUCGACUCCCUCCACUCCAAAAUCAGGCAGAAAGUCUGGAGACAGGAAAGAAGGAAAGAAAACUGGAAAGAGCGGAGACAAGAAGCUCAACGUCCUCAAAGCUUCUAAAAAAGAUGGCAAAGCUGGUGCUAAGACACCCAAAAUGAAGCAGAUGACUCUGCUGCAUCUGGCUAAGAGCACCCCUGCUGGGAGUCCUAAGAAGAGGGCCCGUAGUACAGGCAUGGGUACACCAAAACUGGGGAAGCCACUGCACCCUAUGGCUCUCCACCUCCUUCGUUACUAUAAGGAGAACAAGGGCAAAGAAGACAAAAAGAACUCUCUUUCUUCCCUCAUCUCCAAGGCUGCUAAGACCUUGUCCGCAGAAGAUCGAGGCCGAUUGCCAGAGGAGCUCAGGGAGCUGGUGCAGAAACGCUGGGAGCUUCUUGAGCAAAAGAAGCGAUGGGCAGCCAUGAGUGAAGAGGAAAGGCAGGAAGAGAUGAAGAAAAGACGUGAGGAACUCAAAGAGAAACUCAGAGAAAAGGCCAAGGAGAGACGUGAGAAGGAGAUGCUGGUCCGCCGUGAGCAAUCCCGCAGAUACGAAGACCAGGAGAUCAAAGGCGGCAAGACCCUGCCUGCGUUCAAGCUUGUAGACAUGCCAGAGGGGUUGCCCAACACCCUGUUUGGUGAUGUGGCUAUGGUGGUGGACUUCCUUCACUGCUAUGCAGAGCUGCUGAUGCCUGAUGACCAGUAUCCCAUCACAGCAGUGGCUCUGAUGGAAGCACUGGCUGGGGAACGCUCUGGCUUCCUCUACCUGAACCGCGUUUUGGUGGUGCUCCUUCAGACGCUGCUGCAGGAUGAACUGGCAGAGGGCUACGGUGAGCUUGACAUGCCCUUAUCCGAGAUACCCCUUACCAUGCACUCUGCAUCUGAGCUCGCACGGUUGUGCCUGCGACCGUGCGAUGCUCACGGCGAGGAGAGCGGCCAGGGUUCAGAGGACUCUGGAGGUUUGGGGGGCUUUGACGAUGUGGUUACCAGCGAGUUCUUGGAUAAGCUUGAGACGGUCGAGGUGUUUGAGCUGAGCCCCGAGGAGAAGGUCAACCUGCUGGUGGCACUAUGUCACCGCAUACUGAUGACAUACUCGGUUGAAGACCACGUCGAUGCAAAGCAACAGCGGUCUGCUGAGCUGUGGAAGGAGCGCCUGGCAAUGCUGAAAGAGGUCAAUGACCGCAAGAAGGCAGAGAGGAAGAAGCAAAAGGAGAUGGAGGGCAAAGGUGAGAAAAAGAAAGAGGGCAGUGCUAAGAAGGAGAGCAAAAAAGAAGUGAAGGUGGAGCCAGAGCCAGAGCCAGAGGACAUGAUCAGCACAGUGAAGAGCCGGCGGCUGAUGGCCAUGCAGGCCAAGAAGGAGAAGGAGGAGAUGGACAGACAGAACAAAGAACGCAUGGAGAAAGAGGCCGAGGAGGAGCGGAUGCGUCGGCAGCGGGCUUCUGCGGAAAAGGCCUUUCAGGAUGGUAUAACCAAAGCCAGGCUUGUCAUGCGCAGGACUCAACUGGGUACUGACAGAAAUCACAACAGAUACUGGCUUUUCUCUGACGUGGUUCCUGGUUUGUACAUUGAGAAAGGCUGGGUGCACGAAAGUAUUGACUACCACUUCACUCCUCCACCUGAGGACAAACCGGCUGAGCCUGAGGUAGAAGAGGAAGACGAUAGUGGGUCGGCCACUACGGGUUCACAAGGAGCUGAGAAAGAUGAUGGCAGCGUCGAUGGUGCUAUUAGUGAGGGAGCCCAGCAGGGAGCAGCAACAGAUAUCUGUAUUGAAACCACUGUUCCCAAGCAGGGCCAGAACCUCUGGUUCAUAUGUGACAACCCAGCCGAGCUGGAAGAACUAGUGGAAAGUCUUCAUCCUCAGGGGGUUCGAGAGAGUGAACUGAAGGCAAACAUUCAAAGCAGAUACCAGGACAUUGUUCACUCCAUCCAUCUGACUCGUAAGGCCAAAUUGGGCCUCAGGACCUGUGAUGGCUACGCAGAACUGCUCAAAUACCUGCGCAGUGACAUCCAGGAGGUAGCCUCAAGACUCCAAAAGGGGGGAUUGGGAUACCUGGAUGACAACGUAGACAUUGAGGAUCAGUUGAAAGAUACGGAGAGUUUGAAAGACUUUGGUGAGUGCAUCAUCACCAUUCAGGCCUGUGUAAUUAAAAAGUUCCUGCAGGGAUUCAUGGCCCCCAAGCAGAAAAAGAAGAAAAGGCAGGGAGGGGAAGAAAGCAGCAAGGCUGAAGAGGUGGAUGAGGAGAAGAGACUGGCAGAAGAGGCCAGGGUAGCAACAGCGGUAGAGAAAUGGAGGACUGCUAUCCGAGAGGCCCAGACCUUUUCCCGUAUGCAUGUCCUGCUGGGAAUGUUGGAUGCCUGCAUAAAGUGGGACAUGUCUGCUGAGAACGCUCGCUGCAAAGUCUGUCGCAGGAAAGUACUCAGGCAGAACCUAUCUGUGCUGAAGCUGAUGGACUCUAAGCCCAGAUCCAAACAGGGCAGCAGCGGCAGGCUCAGAGCAGAACAGACUAGUAGUGUCAGGCAGGUCUUCGUACAGAGCCAGCGUCUCCGCAGGCCAACAGGUGAUGAUGAGAAACUCAUCCUCUGUGAUGAGUGCAACAAGGCCUUCCACCUGUUCUGUCUACGUCCGGCCUUGUACCGCAUUCCUGUUGGAGAAUGGCUGUGCCCAGCCUGCCAGCCCACUGUUGCAAGACGUGGCUCCCGCUCACGGAACUACAACCAAGACACAGAUGAAGAAGAAGAUGAGGAGGAGUCUGAAGAGGAGGACUCCGAGGAAGAUGAAGAGGAUGAGGAAGAGAACGACUACAAAGCCAUGGGGCACAGCUUGAGACCAAGGAAGAAAAAUAAGCAGUCCUCGUCUCGGCUUAAGAGUUCAAAAAAUAAGUCCAAGAAGCAGUCUUCUUCAAGUAGUCAGAGCAGCAAACAGAGGGCUGGCCCCAACAGCCCUGCAGACAUUGAUGAAUUGGUGCGGCAGAGUUCCCAGUCAGGGGUGCGCAGGCAGGCGCUGGAGCUGGAGAGGUGUGAAGAGAUCCUCAAGAAACUGAUGAAAUUCCGCUACAGCUGGCCUUUCAGGGAGCCUGUGUCCCCAGAGGAAGCAGAGGACUACCUGGACAUCAUCUCCCAGCCCAUGGAUUUCCAAACGAUGCUGGGAAAGUUCAGCCAAGGCUCGUAUCGACACGCUCAGGACUUCCUGGAAGACGUGAAACUGGUGUUCUCCAACGCAGAGGAGUACAACCAGCAAGGCAGCACUGUGCUCUCCUGCAUGGUUAAGACAGAGCAGACGUUCACGGAGCUGCUCCAAAAGCUGCUGCCUGGCCUCAGCUACCUCCGCCGGCGCUCACGCAAACGCGUCAGCCAGGCCCCUGCUACAUCUGAGGAGGAAGAAGAUGAGGAGGAGGAGGAGGAGGAGGAGGAGGAGAAUGAAGGGGAGGAGGAACCGAAGAAGAAGAUGCAAAAUGGAAAAUCGAAAAGCAACAAAGCCAGAAAUAGUCGGGGUCAGAAGGAUGACGAGAGCGAGAGUGAGGAGGAGGAGGAGGAUGACGACCAAGAUGAGGAGGAGGAAGAGGAUGAUGAUGGCGGAGGCAGGAGGAGAAGUAAGAGGACCUCUGCCACCUCAGGCAAGAAGGAUUACAGGGAACAGGACAGCGAUGGUGAGCGGGACACACGGAGAACUCGUCAGCGGAGGGGCCGGGGCGACGCUGGGGGGGCGAGCAGCGACGAGGAUCGGUCCAGCCAGCAGCGACAUUCCAAGAGACAGAAACGCUUGUGAAGUUCAGGGUGCUUUCCGUUUUCUUGUCUCUUUGCUUUAAAAUUUCUCUCGCUCUUUUAAUGAUCAAGAGCCCUCCACCUCCUCUGACAGCCAGCAAGACUUACACCUCAGAAGGACUUUUUUGUGUUAUUGAAUUUCUGUUCAUAUUUUGAAAAAUGAAAACUGAUUUAUAUUUGUAACAUGUUUAAUAUUGGUGAUGCUUUUUGUUUAUCAACCGACAAAAAAAAGGAGACAUUUGAGAUAACAGAGAGGUCCUUAUAGCGCUUAAGACUCUUUGAUUUGAAUUUCAGUUCAGUUUACAAUCUCACACAUACACCAGUGUAAUUUGACUUGUUGUCCAGUGAACUGCUUUGUUUUUACAUUUGCCCUCACCAAACACCAGUACAGUGUAAUCAGAGGUCUGUCGUCACUCAUGGCACAUGUAGUCGAGCCAGCACUUUACUGGGGGUAUUUCAGGAUAGGUAAAUUUAGCUGUUUGUCUCACUCUUAUCUCUGUCACAAAUCAUUGCGUUUUGCCUAAAAGUGCUUGUUAAACAUAAUGUUGUCCAGAAACCCAAAACCCUAUAGGAAGCAUUUCUUUGCUAAAAGGAAAAAUACCAACAGUGCUGGUGGCUGAUGUGAAAUUUUCCUAUCAUCUGUAAAUCUUUUACUACUAAGCAUCUUGACUCCGAGAUUAUCUUUCUUCAAAUGCAACUUUAAAGAUAAAAAUUGGAUUUUACUAGCUGUUUUUUUUUUUGUGCGUGUGUUUGUUUUUGUUUUUCUCGAUCCGGGUUAACAUUCAUUGUCAGAGGCUGGGCAGAGACUGCAGAUCACACAUGUUGUCACCUCAGUUUAGUGCAAAAACGUGAGUUUAAUCUCAGCUUUUGGUGCCAAGAUGUUGACACCAAACAUGGAGUCUCUUUCUUGGCAUGUAGAGCUGAGUAGCCUUUCCUCCUCUGUAGUGCCCUGCCACUUUAAAAGAACCGGUACCUCAAUGCUCCGUCAGUUUGCACUCUGUACUCCUGUGUAAAGUGCACCUAUUAUGCCAGCAGCUGCAGGACCACACUUUAUUGAAAUUAUGUGCAUACAUUUGUAAGCAGUGUUUAAAGCAACAAAUGUGACGUUUGUUAAGAAAAUGGGCAUUUUUGAAUAUUUGAUAUUUUUUGCACAUUUUAUUGGUAUUGUAAAUGAGAACUUGUUAGUCAAUCUUAAUCAAAUCCAAUAAAUUGCGAAGGUUUAAGCAGGGCUCUCCAAGUCGAUGCAGAGAACAGGUCAGAGUUGUUUUACUUUUUGUCACAGCAGAAAUAGCUGAAUUAGUCUCUUGAUGGAUUUAGUGACACGAUUACGGUUGGGGAAACGGAGGGCUUCCUGCCUGUCCUGGUUCAGUCACCAGGUGGUGCUCUACUCCUGCACUUUGUAUAGUCUCAUCCUAGCAUUUUGCAAGUAAAUCAGUGACAGUGCUGUUAGCUGGAGUAAUGCAACUCCUGACCCCCACUGCUUUGGGCCCUCAUUGGUCAGCGAGAGCUUCAUAGUGCUGGUGAAUUUUGGCAUUUCGAAUUGUCUUGUAAUAACUUCUGCACAUCGGGCAGGGAAACUGCUCCAGCAAACUGAUUUAAUUUUCACAAUGCCCACAUAAUGAAAACCUCUUUAAUGUGCAGAAGUUCCUGCAGUUUGUGGUGAGGUUGCUAGUGGUGUAAAUGUAUAUAUAAAUAUAUAUACUGAAAAGGCAGUAGUUGGUUUUCCCUCUUCUGUCUGUUUUGUGCUGUGCUGUUCUCCUGUGUUUCUCUAGUGCUGUUCUCACUAAGACUUUACUGAUUUCACUCGGCCACUGAUUGCUUUUCCCCAUUUUACUUUUGUUUUAAUUCGGCUUUGUUCCUGACAUGAUUAACAGUCAAUAAUCACUGUUCACCAACCAAACAGACAAAAAGGUGGUUGCCCCUCUCAAGAGACCUGACUGUAAAUGCUUUCUUUGUUGCUGGAGGAACUGCAAAAGUCUUUUACACUUCCUUUUUUUAUAUAAAUAUUUAUAGUCUCUAAAGCUGGGUUUGGGCAGGUUGAGAGGAAUCACAUGUAAAGAAUUUUCAAUAAAGGCUAUGGACGAAGA